AUGUCUGUCAGCAUUCUUGGAAACAGGCAAUCAGGCCAAGAUAUCCGUGACGCCAACGUACGCGCAGUUCUCGCCAUCGCCAACAUCGUUCGUUCCUCCCUUGGCCCUAAUGGCCUCGAUAAGAUGCUUGUUGACCAGAUCGGUGACGUGACAAUCACUAAUGACGGGGCAACAAUCCUCAAGCGCCUCGAAGUCCAACACCCAGCUGCCAAAGUCCUUGUCGAGCUUGCACAGCUUCAAGACGCCGAAGUCGGAGACGGCACAACCUCAGUGGUGAUUGUCGCGAGCGAGCUUCUCAAAAGAGCAAAUGAUCUUGUCAAAAAUAAGAUCCACCCUACCACAGUCAUCGCUGGCUUCAGACUUGCCAUGAAAGAAAGCAUCAAAUAUAUCAAAAACAACCUCGCAGUCAAAACAGACACCUUAGGCGAAGAAGGAAUCAUGAAUGUUGCGAAGACCACGCUGAGUUCAAAGCUUAUUGGAGCGGAUUCACACUAUUUCGCAGAAAUGCUUGUCAGGGCUGUGGAAACGGUAAAACAGACCAGCUUGAAAGGGGAAAGCAAGUUCCCGAUUAAAGCUGUGAGACUGCUGAAGUGCCAAGGCCAAAGUGUCAAGGAAAGCGUAUAUGUGAAUGGGUAUGUGCUACAGGCUGGGAGAAGUGCCCAAGGAAUGCCAACUAAAAUUGAAGGGGCUAAAAUUGCGUGUCUUGAUUUCAACCUCAACAAGUUCAAGCUACAAAUGGGAGUCCAAGUUUUGAUCAAAGACCCAGCUCAGCUUGCUUUGAUAAGAGCCAAAGAAAUUGACAUCACUAGAGAGAGGAUCCAAAAAAUCAUCAGCGCUGGAGCAAACGUGAUUUUGACUACCAAAGCAAUUGACGAUUUGGCCUUGAAAUACUUCGUCGAAGCCCACGCAAUUGGAAUUAGGAGAGUCGAUAAGAAAGAUCUCAGAAGAAUCGCAAAAAUGAGCGGCGCUGAAAUUUUGACUUCUCUUAUGAACACUGAAGGAGAUGAAGUAUUUUUACCUGAGUACUUAGGAACUGCUCAAGAAGUGUCAGAAGAGAGACUUGGGGACAACGAUUUCAUGUUUUUCAAAGGGAUGCCUAACUCCCCCCCUCGAAGUUCGACCAAGAUGUUUUUGGUCGAACUUCGAGGGGGGUUAAGAAAAAUUUUUUUAAAAAAAAUUAUAUAGAAUUUUUUUUAUAUAAUUUAGUAGUUAAAAAAAAAAAAAUAUUUAUCAUAUUCUUCUGUAUGGUUGAGAGGGUGUAAGGGUUAGAAAAAAUAGUGCAAGAUGGUUUUAUAACGCUUUUUAGAACUUGAAUACAAAAAUCGCAAGCUCACCCCCACAUAGUUUAAAAUUUUUGAAAAAUUGCUUAUUUUCCUAGUAAAUUUAUAUAGGUCUUGGUCGAACUUUGAGGGGGGUUAAUUUUCCAAAAAAAUAGGAAUUUUCCCUAUAUCUUGGUCGAACUUCGAGGGGGGGGGAGUAAGUCUUGUGCUCAGACUAUUAUCAUCAGAGGAGCCAAUGAAUUCAUGCUUGACGAAACUGAGAGAUCGAUGCAUGACGCUCUCUGUGUCAUCAAAAGAGUCUUAGAAAGCAAAAGCAUCGUCGUAGGAGGAGGCGCAGUUGAGUCAGCUUUAAGCAUUUACCUUGACAACUUCGCAAGAUCUCUUGGAUCCAAAGAACAACUUGCAAUUGCUGAAUUCGCCGAAGCUUUGCUUGUAAUUCCAAAAGUCUUAGCCACAAACGCAGCAAAAGAUGCCAGCGACUUGCUUGCCAAGCUUAAGAUGUACCACACAGCUUCACAAACUUCCUCAGAGCAGAAGAAGCAAGAAUACAAAUUCGUAGGGCUUGACUUAGCCAAUGGAAAGGUUAGAAACAACUUGAAAGCUGGAGUCCUGGAGCCUACCCUCAGCAAAAUAAAGAGCUUGAAAUUCGCGACAGAAGCAGCCAUUUCCAUCCUGAGAAUUGACGACAUGAUUGAGUUAGCUCCAAAGAAAGAAGAAAGAGGCCAAUAGCUUAGCUCUUUCUUAAGACUAUUUAGAAGCUCUAUGUGAUACCUCAAAAGGUAUUUAUCUCUGCGAUUGACUGCCGUCAUUCUAUCGGCUAUGCUCUCCAGAAAUGGUCCCGAACAUUUGCUGGAGUACAGUUGGAUGGGUAGCCGUGCCGUGCGCCUAAGUUGAGCUGCCCCUCCCAGAAAAUUGAAAAAGAAUUAUCUGGCCGAGGUUCAACUAGAUGGAACUCAUUGUCCUGGGCGAGACUUCAGUAUCACACUAAGAAGCUGCUCGAUUGGUUCAGAGGACUCUAUAAUAAGUCUUUCCUUUCCAGGACCCCCUACCCCAUCUUCCCAGAGGUAGCCCUUGACCCGAAUGAGCUGCGGUCGACAUCGCACUCCUCCAAGCCAAGUAAACUUGACCGAAUGCGCAUCAACAAACGCCAUCCUCCCUUCCACAAUGCCCCUGAACCUCCCAGCUAAAGGUGUUAAGAGGCUGGGUUCACAACACCAUUUUAAUGUAUAUUAAAGAGACCAAGAGCAAUAA